CUCGCUGGCGGUGAGAUGGGGAAGGGAGAAGAAGGCGGAGCGGGACGGGACCUCAGCGCGCGCUCUCUCUCUCUCUUUCUUCCGCCUUCACCUGCCGAGGCGCUCACCUGGGCCCCCUUCUGCUCGUCGGAGUGGGAUACUGUUUUCAGCGCGUGCGCGGCACCUCGCCCGCCCCGGCGCCUUCAUGAAUGGCAUUUCCAUCAAGACUCAGACAAAUUGAAAAGCAUGUAAGCAUAAGUGGUGAUGAAGAUGCAGGUUUACGGAAGAAGAAAAUCAGUUUUCUAGGAUCUGAGUUCGCUGAAGGAAGCACAAUGACCUUUCAUCACAUCAGCUACAGAGUGAAAGUGAAGACUGGCAUCUACGGCUUUCGAAAAGUGGUUAAAAAAGAUGUCUUGACGGAUGUCAGUGGUGUCAUGAAACCUGGUCUCAACGCAAUCUUAGGACCUACAGGCUGUGGCAAGUCUUCGCUCCUGGACAUUUUAGCUACAAGGAAAAAUCCUAGAGGCCUGUCAGGAGACAUUUUGAUCAAUGGCUUCCCUUUGCCUCCUAAUUUUAAAUGUAUUUCCGGAUAUGUAGUACAGGAUGACGUAGUGAUGGGAACAUUGACAGUCAGAGAAAAUUUAGAGUUCUCAGCGGCCCUUCGGCUACCAUUGUCUAUGAGCAAAAAGGAAAAGAGAGAGAGAGUUGAAACUGUUAUCAAGGAACUGGAUUUGUCUAAAGUUGCAGACUCCAAGAUUGGCACCUAUUUUUUCCGUGGAGUUUCCGGGGGAGAGAGGAAAAGAACCUGCAUUGGACUAGAGCUCAUUACGCACCCUACAGUAUUGUUCUUAGAUGAGCCGACAACCGGAUUGGAUGCCAGCACAGCCAAUGCUGUCCUGCUUCUCUUAAAAAGGAUGUCGGUACAAGGGAGAACAAUAAUUUUCUCAAUCCAUCAGCCCCGGUACUCUAUUUACAAAUUGUUUGACAGCCUGACGCUACUUGCUGCUGGAAGACUUCUUUAUCAUGGCCCGUGUGAAAAUGCUCUUCCAUACUUCAAAGGUCUUGGUUAUUUGUGUGAACCAUAUAACAACCCUGCUGAUUUUUUUCUGGACAUUAUUAAUGAAGAUUCAACUGCUGUUGGAACGAGUAAAUUGACCAUCAUUACUAUACCCAUUGAUGAAGACAAUGAAAUGGAAGACAUUGACAGCAUUGCCUUAGGAUUAGCCGCACGCUUUACCAGAAGUGCUUACUACAAACAAAUGAUAGCAGACCUCGAUGCACUAUCUUCGGACGAUAAAAAGAAGACGACAGUUUAUGAAGGAAUUCCGUACACCACACCCUUUCUUCAUCAGCUCAAAUGGGUGUCCAAACGCACAUUCAAAAAUCUGCUAGGAAAUCCACAAAAUUCCACUGCCCAGAUAUGUAUUGCCACUUUCCUGGGACUAAUAGUAGGAUCCGUAUUCGCUGGAGUUAAAAAUGAUGCCACUGGCAUUCAAAAUAGAGUUGGUGCUUUGUUCUUCUUGACGACCAAUCAGUGUUUGAAUAGUAUCACGACUGUUGAACUUUUUAUCACAGAAAAAAGAAUAUUUAUACAUGAAUAUAUAAGUGGCUACUAUAGAGUGUCUGCAUAUUUCUUCUCAAAGAUAAUAGCUGAUAUGGUGCCCAUGAGGACUUUACCUGGCAUCAUCCUCACUUCCUUAAAUUAUUUCUUGAUAGGUUUCAAGCCAACUGUGGUAGCCUUCUUUACCAUGAUGUUUACUGUUAUAUUAGUCGCCUACACAGCCAGCUCCAUGUCUCUGGCAAUAGCAACAGGGCAAAACGUCACGUCGGUUGCAAACCUCAUCAUCAAUAUUUGCUUUGUUUUUAUGAUUGUUUUCUCCGGCGUGCUGGUGAACAUCACAACCAUUUCACCUUGGUUGAUGUGGCUGAAGUAUUUUAGUAUCCCGCGCUAUGGCCUGAAUGCUUUGCAAGUAAAUGAAUUUACCGGGCUUAAGUUUUGCACAGAAUUUGAACAAGGAGUCAACGUAACUUGCAUCGCUCCUAGUCCAUUUACCAUAUGCACUGGAGAAGAAUAUCUGAAGAUGCAAGGCAUUGACAUGACUUUCUUGGGCAUGAUGAUGAAUUACGUGGCUCUUAUGUGCAUGACAAUCAUUUUCCUCUUGAUCGCAUAUCUGAAAUUGAAAUUUAUUAAGAAGUAUACUUAAUGGAGCAGGGCACGCAUGCCUACUGAACACUACCAUGUACUUUUAUGGUAAACAUGUAAUAUAUGUAAAGUAUACAGCUGAUUUAUAAAUCUUUUCUUUCUUUUCUUUCUUUCUUUCAAGAGAGAGAGUGGAAGGGA